UGUCGCCCUCUUACUUUAUGUAACACCAGCGAGGCUAGAGUAGUGAAGGUCUUUCCAUGUUUUGGUAAGCCCCCUUUCAGCUCGAUGAUGCGACUAUCGUGUUCUAGAAGAAUUCGGAGGAUGGCAAAGAUUGAACAGACGCUGUAUCACGUGACAUCGACGAAGCGACAGUCAAGCAGCAUCUCAAAUCCCAGUCCAUUCGUAUUGAAAUCUAACUAUGCCGACUUCAAACAAGUGGAGGCCAGUCGGCCAGCAUUCGAUCCAAGGCUCCCAACAAUCACCACACAAUCACCGGAUCCCACUUGGAAGUACGGCCAAGGAGUCAGCAUCAGCUCGUCAGAGAUCCAGCAAGACCAACGACACUCGCACAGAGAGAUUGACCCUUAUGUCGAGCCACGCAGCAUGAUCCAGAACUACAAAUUGUUAAUCUCAGGUGUUCCAAGACCAAUUUCGUUCAUCAGUACAGUCUCGUCAGAGGGGACCAGAAACCUCAGUCCGUUCAGCUAUUUUCAAGUGGUGGACCAUGAUCCGCCCAUAUUCGUCGUCGGCUUCUCUGCUCGAGCAUCUCGACCAAAGGACACAAGGACGAACCUGGAACAAACCGGGGAAUGCGUAAUCAACAUCGUCAGCGAGCAUAUGAUCGAGGGUGUCAAUGCUACCUCUCUCGAUGUGCCCUUUGGCGUCUCAGAGUGGGAAUUGUCGGGCUUCCAGGGAGCACCGUCAAGCACGGUCAAGGCUGAGAGGGUCAGAGAUGCCAUUUUUAGCGUCGAAGGCCGCCUGCUCGAAAUGAAAAGUCUAGAUUAUGGCGGUUAUCAUGCCAAACAAGGCAAACCUAGUGGGGCUCUGGCCAUCAUUCAAGCAACCAGGUUCUGGAUCCGCGAAGACGCCAUCAACGAGGAUGGUAGUGAGAUCAGUCUGGACGUAUUACGUCCUCUGGCUCAGCUAGGAGGCAUUUCGUAUGGUCGAAUCAACGGAACGUUUGAGCUGCCUCGGCCGAGGCUCGCCGAAGAAUUGCGCGACGAGUCCAAGGGUCUACACCGGUUAUUGCCAGACACUGUAGAUAGACCUCAGACAUAGACCCUGGGAGAGAUGUUCGUCCUGAAAGUAAGCCAGGUAUUCCAAUGCGGGCAGAUUCCUGGGUUCGAAGUGAUGGUGAGUACGUGGUAUUCGAGGUCCUGCCUACCAGGAUAAUCACGGGCGAAUGACAGUCCGUCGCGUAUUCGCAUACUGUCAAUAAGUCAAGGUACAUGGCGCGACCUAAAAUUAGAUACAUGCCUCGCUUGCAAACCACGUCACAGGGCUUGACCAGAAUAAAUCUCGUCGACCAACCUG